AUGCAUUUCGGCCAGCCAGAGAACGCCAAUCAACCCAGCAAAAAAGAUGUCGAACGUGAUAAAGAGGUGAAGGAUCGCUUGAGGGAAGAUGGUGAGUACAUCGCGGCUGAGAAAGCCCACGCUGCGCUCUUGGACGAGGCCAGCGCUAAGCUUGCCGAGCUGCAGGAAGCUGGCAUGAUUUCUGGCAGGACCAUUAUCCCCGCUGGCUACUCCGCUCACAAAGGCGCGAAGAUUACCGAACUUCUCAUGCAGUCUGGAGAGAAUGAGCUGGUAGAAAAGAUACGCGAUGGUCUUAAGCAGCGCACGCUUCUUCUCAAGCGUAUUCGUCACCGGCUGCAGAUUGAGAUACGUGAACGCAAGAGCAAAGAGCACCGCGCUCUUCUCAUUCCAUACACAGUACCGAUAGAGAUGAUGAUAAUGAAACUCUGA